ACUGGGAAUUUCACAAGCUUUUGUUCAGUUUGAUUUCUACAAUGUUCAUCUACAGACAUACAUUUGUGGCGUCUCUGAUACUGGUUUUCAUCAGCUUAGCAAAGGCGCGUCAUCCCUUUGACAUAUUCCACUGGAAUUCGAAAGACUUUCAGGAGUGCCUUCAAAUCAAUAACAUUACAAUUGGGGAGUACGAGAAGUAUGCGCGGUUUGAGACUCUGGAUUAUUUGCUCAACGAGAAUGUGGAACUGAAUUACAAGUGCAAUAUCAAAUGCCAGCUGGAAAGAGAUUCGGAAAAAUGGUUGAGUGAUCAGGGUAAAAUGGAUCUGAAGCUGAUGAGAACCACCAAUGAGGCAGCUGAAUCGAUUACCAAGUGCAUGAAUCUGGCUUCCGAAGAGCCCUGUGCCUACGCCUUCAGACUAGUUAUUUGCGCCUUUAAGGCAGGACAUCCGGAAAUUAUGGAAUAUUAGGUUAUACUUUUAAAUAAAAAUAAUUAAACCUUUAAUAAAAACACCCUCGCAAACGGUCUUGUUAUUAUAUUCAAGUGUUUGCUUGUUUUUUCCGAUUAAAAA